AUGAGCGGAGAAGAAGACACGAAGAACAACAGAGGAUUCGUCGUUGGUCACCAGCACCAUCCUCCUCCACCUUCUCAGCAGCCUCCCCAGUACGGUACCUUUCAAGGCGUCGACAACUACCCCCCGCCGCCGCCGCAUCAGCCCGUCAUCGGCUUCCCUCAGCCGGUGCCACCGCCCGGCGCCGCUCACUCCUCUUUCCCCGGUGGCGCCGCCUCCCAGUACUAUGCUCAUGGCUACCAAACCGUCCCUGGGUAUGCCGUUGCUGAAGGAAGACCUGUGCGGCGGGAACGGAGACUCCCUUGCUGCGGUCUAGGCCUUGGCUGGGUCUUGUUCAUCAUUGGUUUCUUUCUUGGUGCCAUCCCCUGGUACCUCGGGGUGUUUGUUCUACUCUGUGCAAGGAUAGACCCCAGGGAGAAACCAGGCUAUGUUGCUUGCACAAUCGCUGCUGUGGUUGCGACCGUUGCAAUCGUCUUUGGAGCCACAAAGGGUGCUCAUGCAUGGUGA